GAAUAUUAUCAUCCAUGUUGCUCACUUUUGCUCUGUCUGAAUAGGUCAGCUACUUCUGCUUUAAAUAAAUUUAGCUGCAAAAGGCGGUUUAAUUCGUAAGGGCAAAGGGUGUGUUUUACUGUUCUUCCCAAAACAGAGCUCUGUGUACAAGGAGUAAUAGAUGAUUUUUUUCAUUGGGCAAGAAGGAAGAAUAUGAAAAAAAGAACAUAUGCGCAGGCUCCAAAAUGAGUAUUUUUUCUGAAGCUGUGCAGCAAAAGGUCCUUGUAUCUCACUACUUGCAUUGCUCCUGAAAUAUCCUGGAAAGUGUGACACGUGGCUCUGCCAAGCUGUCCUGCAAAGUAAUGUCAAAUAUGACACCUGCAAUCCUUGCAUCUAAAUGUACUGCGGAAGUCAUCAAUUCUGCACCAGGGCAACCCACCCUGAAGCAAUUGCUUUCUUAUUUCCACCAACAAUUGAAUCCAUCCCUUCUGAUAGCCCUGUUGGUGCAAGAAGGCUUGCAUUCAUGAUAAAAAGAAAAGGAUUUAGGUCAUUGUUAGAAGAUUGAGGAUUAGUAUUCCUAGAGGUUAGUCAAGCUUGCCAACUAUAUUGCCAUUGUUAUAAGUUCCCCCAGUGGAGUUUUUUUAAUGAGCUGUAGAGAUUUUCCAUUGUGCUCUUGAUUUUAAAUGCCUAAGCCAAGCAAAUAGCUGAGAAAGAAAAGAGAAUCACUGGUUUGGAAAACACCAUAGUAGUAGGGCAGAAUGUCAGCAAUGUGUACAUGAGCCAGAGACUAGUGGCAUCAGGCAAAAAUAACACUGAUGUCAUCGUUUGAUUUAAGAACUUCCCAAUCAAAGUGAAAUCAAGCUGUUAGGAGGCUUUUCUUGACACAUAAACAACGUCACCUUUUAAAGAACUGGGUUAUAGGGAAGAGCAACAUGUGUUUAAUUUUUCUUCACUGAGACUCUGAAUUUGUUCCUCAUCCCACUGUUGCGUGACAGAUUAAAUGUGCAAAGUCAGACAUCUCUUCUAAGAUUGGGAUAUCCUAGCACACAGAAAAUGGCCCAGUUUCCACACUGGGCCCUGUCUAAACUUCUGCCCCUGUAUGAAAAGAUGCCUUUUACAUGGGAGGUAGCUAUCACUAGGUGAAUCUUGGUGCUGGUGAGCUGCUCUCUAGAGAAGCCAAGCCCCGCUGGCAGGUACUGACCUGCCUUAAGUAGCAUGAAAUAUUUACGUUUUUCACAAUUAGGAGUUUAUCUUCAGAUAAUCCUAGAAUGGUUUUGGUUGGAAGGGACCAUAAGGAUCAUCCAGUUCCAAACCACCUGCCACAGCCAAGUAUACCUCCCAUUAGACCAGGUUGCUCAAAGCCCCGUCCAACCUGGCCGUGAACACUUCCAGGGAUGGGGCAGCCACAGCUUCUCUACUAGUAAAAAUUUCUAUAUAUCUAACAGGAUAUAAUUACUAUGUUAUUGUUUUCUGCAGCAAAGGGUAGAAACAAGUCAAAUACAACAGUUCCUUCAGGAUGGUCAGGUCUAGUUUAUUGGCUGGCAGUACUUCCAUCAGCAUGCUCCCAAAGCAGCAGGAGUUCAGCUUCCAGUUUCCUGUUCUCUCUGCAUAAGGAGAAGAUGAGUUGCUUGAACCAGGAGUCAGCCUGCACACAGAGGAUGUGCAUGGGCUUGGCACAAGCUACACAGAAGACUGACACCAUCUCACUAACCCCCUCCCUCUCGCUUGCCCUCCCUCUCAUUCUUUGCCUCUAGUUAUAUUUAGAUCACACGAGUUAAAGCUUGUCCCUUCUGGACACUCACACACACAUGCUGUAGAUACGACAACCCAGGCACAGGAGUUGGCCAACAGAUUAUCUCAUUCCACAUCAAGGAAUAAAUUCUGAUUUCUGAUGACAAAAUCCUGCCCUUCAAGAGGAGGCACAACAUGCUCAACCCCAUGGAAUUUCGCUACUUGCAGAUUUGACUUGGAGACUUUCAACAGAUAGAAAAAGUGGUUUGCUCAGCAACUUCCUAUUUUCUCAGAUUUCCUUCCAGUUUGCAAGAUCUUGCUUUCUUUCAACACUUGCUUUAAGCCUGGUUCCCAUGCCGUCCGCCAUCAAUGCAGCAGUGGCUCAGCAGACAGCUGCUGGGUCAGUUCCCAGUGCUAUUAGCACUACUACAACUGAAGGUGCAGGUGGGGGCACAGGAGGGAUUUAUUCUGCCAUUAUAAGUCGCAACCAGCCCAUUAUCAGAGUAAAGGAGAAGACCUAUGAGGAGCUUCACAAGAAGUGCCUGGAGAAAAACAUUCUCUAUGAAGAUCCUGAUUUCCCACCAAAUGAGUCCUCCCUCUUCUAUAGCCAGAAAGUCCCCAUCAAGUUCGAAUGGAAAAGACCACGUGAAAUCUGUGAGAACCCACGGUUUAUUAUUGGUGGAGCCAACAGAACAGAUAUCUGCCAAGGAGAAUUAGGUGACUGCUGGUUCCUGGCUGCCAUUGCUUGUCUGACGCUGAAUAAAAAACUACUCUGUAAAGUCAUACCUCAUGACCAGUCCUUUAUACAAAACUAUGCUGGCAUCUUCCACUUCCAGUUCUGGCGCUAUGGAGACUGGGUGGACGUCGUCAUCGAUGACUGCUUACCCACGUACAACAACCAGCUGGUCUUUACCAAGUCCUCCCAGCGCAAUGAGUUCUGGAGCGCCCUCCUGGAAAAGGCCUAUGCAAAACUCCAUGGGUCAUACGAAGCUUUGAAAGGAGGCAACACCACCGAAGCCAUGGAGGACUUCACCGGAGGAGUUACAGAGUUCUAUGACAUAAAGGAUGCCCCUAAAGAUAUCUAUAAAAUCAUGAAACAUGCCAUUGACAGAGGAUCCCUCAUGGCCAGCUCCAUUGAUGAUCAACUAGGCUUUUCUUAUGGAUCAGCUCCUCGGGGCGACAUCGGGGAACUGAUUGCUCGAAUGGUGAAGAAUCUGGAAAACUCACAGAUGAGUUACCCCACUGUAAACUACCAGGCGACGGAUGAGAGGCCAGCCUGGACCAUAGUGCCAAUGCAGUAUGAAACACGGAUGUCUUGUGGGCUCGUCAAAGGUCAUGCCUACUCAGUCACGGCUGUGGAAGAGACAACAUUUAAAGGGGAAAAAAUACGUCUGGUACGGCUGAGAAACCCCUGGGGACAGGUGGAAUGGAACGGACCUUGGAGUGACAAGUCAGAGGAAUGGACCUUUAUUAAUGAAGAAGAGAAAAUCCGCCUACAGCACAAGAUUGCAGAGGAUGGGGAGUUCUGGAUAUCAUUUGAAGAUUUCAUGAGGCACUUCACAAAACUUGAGAUCUGUAACCUCACACCUGAUACUCUGGAAGCUGAUAAACUCCAGACCUGGACUGUGUCGGUCAAUGAAGGGCGCUGGGUGAGAGGCUGCUCAGCUGGAGGCUGCCGCAACUAUCCAGAUACAUUUUGGACCAAUCCCCAGUAUCGCUUGAAGCUCCUGGAGGAAGAUGAUGAUCCUGAGGAUGAACAGGUUAUCUGCAGCUUCCUUGUCGCACUGAUGCAGAAAAAUAGGAGGAAAGAACGCAAGCUGGGAGCCAACCUAUAUACCAUUGGCUUUGCCAUCUAUGAGGUGCCCAAAGAGAUGCAUGGUACUAAGCACCACUUGCAAAAGGACUUUUUCCUCUACAAUGCCUCCAAAGCUAGAAGUAAGACCUAUAUAAACAUGCGAGAAAUCUCUGAGCGCUUCCGGUUACCUCCCAGCGAGUAUGUCAUCAUCCCAUCAACAUACGAACCCCACCAGGAGGGAGAAUUCAUCCUGAGGGUCUUCUCAGAGAAAAGAAGUCUUUCAGAGGAGGUUGAAAAUAUGAUUGAGGCAGAUCGUCCAUCGAAAAAGAAAAAGGGCAAGCCUAUCAUAUUUGUUUCUGACAGAGCCAACAGCAAUAAGGAACUGAAUGCAGAUGAAGAUGCUGGCAAAGAUGGUGAAAAACCCCACGUAGAUGAGAAAAAGCGUCCUUCAACAAAAACUCGAGAGGGGAGUGAAGAAGAAAACCAGUUCAGGAAUAUUUUCCGACAGAUUGCAGGGGAUGACAUGGAGAUCAAUGCUGAAGAACUCAGGAAUGUUCUCAAUAACGUUGUAAAAAAACAUAAGGACCUACGGACAGAAGGAUUUGAACUGGAAUCCUGCCGCAGCAUGAUUGCUUUAAUGGAUACAGACGGCUCAGGGAGGAUAAACUUCGAUGAGUUUCGACAUCUCUGGGACAAGAUUAAAAGCUGGCAGAAAAUUUUCAAGCGUUACGACACGGAUCACUCAGGCACCAUUAACAGCUAUGAGAUGCGCAAUGCGGUGAAAGAUGCAGGGUUUCGGCUGAACAACCAGCUCUACGACAUCAUCACCAUGCGCUACGCCGACAAGAACAUGAACAUCGACUUCGACAGCUUCAUCUGUUGCUUCGUGCGCCUGGACGCCAUGUUCAGGGCAUUCCACGCCUUUGAUAAAGAUGGAGAUGGCAUCAUUAAGCUCAAUGUCCUGGAGUGGCUGCAGCUCACGAUGUAUGCGUGACACUAGAGCCAGAGGCCAUAUUCAAGAUCAUACUGAAGACUUAUAUUUUGAGUAACUUGCUCCAUUCAUCCUCAAGUACAAACAACAGCAUUUCCUACAGCAUGUGCUUCACUCAUUGAGAUAAACAGUGUAUGGAAAGAAGGCCUGGAAAAAGGGAAAACCACACUCCAGUAGGCAGACCAGUGUACAUAUUCUGUAACUACUUUGAGAUUUCCCAACAUUUUCCUUUGGGCAAUGAGGAUUAGUUUAGUGAUGACUUUUGAUUGAUUGAUGACAAUCAAGCUUUUUCUGCAUGGUAAAGUCAUGGAGUGUGCAUCCUUACUCUGCCUAUGCUGACAACUGGAAGUCUUCCCUCAAAUCAGACAAAACUGGGAUUGUAGAUGAAUUGUGGAAGGGGUGUUUAUUGCUACCUUGUAAUGAGCUAUUAACUCUUGGUCCUGCUUUUGAUACUACCAUGUCAGCAUCCUCAUAGUGGUGACUGAACAAUUCACAUGUGAUUAUGCAAGAUUACAUUAUUAAUAUUAUGAAUCCCAAGCACUGAUGUUGGUUGUUACAGAUGUGGCUGCACAGGUUGGUUCUCUGCUGUGCUAGAAACGUGGGACUGCACGAUCCAGGUACAGCUUGGUCUAUUGCCUUUGUGAAAAUACCAGGACUGAGCACUUUACUCUCAUUUUUAGUACCUCAUAGUAGAGAUUUUAAAUGGUUUUUAUUGUAACUGCAGUCUCUGUAACAUUAUGGAAGUUGAUACACAUCCAAGACAAACUCUUAUAGGUGUGAAUUUAUGCAUCUAUACAGACACACAUCCCCUGUAUCCCCUCAAAAUCCUAUUUCCCAACAGCAUUAUGUAUUUCUUUAUGGAAAGAGGAAUCAGAGACUAUGUAAGCAUGACCACUUUGGGAAGAUUAUUAGAAUAUGUAAGUACAGUCAGUUUAAUUGACCCCAAAAUAAAAUCAGCCGGAUUUUGGCCUAA